CUGGCAACUGCCCGGCUCCCAGCUCCAGCUGUUUGACAGAGCUGCCCUUCUGCCCAGCGCAGAUGCCCCAGUGACCCAGAGUCCUUACGAUCUCACCCCCGACUUUCACCUCCCAAGUACAGGUUGCUCGCGGUUGGCGGUUUGGUUCAUUGUUUUGCUGCAAUUCUAACAAUUCACCGCUUUAGCUAAACGUGGAACACUGGACAAUUAUUUUUUGGAGGGUAAAAGAGAUCAAAUCUAAAAAUUUCGAGCCACUGCAUUCCAGCCUGGGCGACAGAGUGAGACCCUACCACAAAAUAAAUAAAUAAAUAAUAUGUAAUGUUACUGUUUUUAUGACUAGAAAAGAAAUGAGGAAAAAGAUGACAAUUCUGAUUUGGUCGUUUUCCUCACACCUUGCCCUUCCUUUGCCUUACUCAGGAUAAUGUGGCUUUCUCCAUACACCUCCCAAGGUCCGUUUGCUUAAAACUCACAACUUUUUUUUAAACUUCUAAAUAAGUUUCAACAACCUGUCCGGUUUCUCAAAAUGUCUAAUUUGGAAAGAGGAAAGGCCAUUUAGUGAAGGCUGAGCCAGUAACUCAGAACAAAACCUAAUAAUCCUGGCUGUCUGUUUUAUCCCAUUGAAACAGAUAUAAAAAGUGGGGCCAAACUCUCCUAUAUUGUGCCUCUCUCUUCCAUUCUCUCAAGUGUUUCUCAGAUGUGCAACAAGAGUGAAGAAAACUAAAUGAGCAUGCAAAUGUUUGACUAUUAGUAAAGAGCUCACCAGUACAGACACAGGGAGCUGGUUGGUCAGCUUGAAAAUUCUCUCAGACCAAGAGAAGCCAAAGAAGUUUCUGCACCCACUGAGAACCUGCUUCUGCCAGACGAGGAGAAACAAGUUCUGGGUGUGGCUUCCUGUGAUGCUCCAUCAGGGAAGCCUCCAUCUGCAGCUUCUUCACAAAAUAGUUGAUGGCAUUUGUGGUCGAGCUUAUCCUGUGUACCAAGAUUAUCAUACUGUUUGGGAAUCAGAAGAAUGGAUGCACGUUUUAGAAGAUAUUGCCAAAUUUUUCAAAGCCGUAGUUGGUAAAAACUUACCUGAUGAAGAGAUAUUUCAGCAGUUGAAUCAGUUGAAUUCACUUCAUCAAGAAACUAUCAUGAAAUGCGUGAAAAGUAGGAAAGAUGAAAUCAAACAGGCUCUGUCAAGGGAAAUAGUUGCUAUUUCCUCUGCACAGCUACAGGAUUUUGACUGGCAGGUAAAGCUUGCACUUUCCAGUGACAAGAUUGCUGCAUUACGAAUGCCACUUUUAAGCCUGCAUCUAGAUGUAAAAGAAAAUGGUGAAGUAAAACCAUAUUCUAUUGAAAUGAGUAGAGAGGAGCUGCAGAAUCUAAUACAUUCCUUAGAAGCAGCGAAUAAGGUGGUCCUGCAGUUGAAAUAACUGGAAAUGAUGAAUACCAGUCCUAUCAGAUUUUAUUGCUCCAACUUAUGUGGCAGAGUGAAUACUGUGUGUUCAGAAACGCUGUGAUGUCUUGACUGUUGCACCAGGCUGAGAAAGCAGCAAUGUUGAUAUUAUAAAGAUAAAAAUUUAUUUUAUCAACAUUCCUUAACGGGAAAUUACAUGGUUGAGAGAAAAUGCAUAAAAUGAAAGAUGAAAAGUCUAUAGUAGCAGUUUAUAUUUUCAUGAUUGUUUUGCCUCAUUUAUUAAAUAUUUGAGAAAUCUUUGGAGAUACACAGUUUUAUUGAAAGCUAAAAAUAGGUUCUAAAGUAAUGUAAAAAUAUAAAGCACAAAUAUACUUGAAUAUUGCUUAAAGAAUUAUGUGAAUAGCAACAUAUAUUAUGGAUGAUAUAUACUUUGUGAUAUUUUUAAAAAAUAACUUUUUCAAAGAAUGUAUAAGCUGCAUAUAUAACUCAGGAGAUUCCAUGUCUUUCUCAUAUUUCAGAGGAAAGAUUAUAAAAUAUAAAAUUUCUUAGAGAACACCUCUUUGUUGGAGAUAAACAAGAACAAAUACUCUAAACUUAUGUGAACAAUUUUGAGUUUAUGAAUUCUAGAAACUAAAAUCAAGAAUACAGAAAAAUAAAAAUAACAUUUUACUUCUGCACUUCUAUGUUUGGGAAACAUUGCUCUGAUAAAAAAUAGUUGUCAUUGUGCAGUAUGUAUAUUCAAAUAUGAGAUAAGACUAUGUACAGGUCCACUUUUGUUAAUAAACUCAAUGUUGAAUA